AUGAUGGAAUUUGAUAAUAUACCUCUUGAUACGAAUUCUACUAAUGACAAUAAAAUAUUAUCAUCAUCCUUAUUAGACGAAAUAACAUGUGCUAUUUGUUUGGAUAUAUAUGAAGAACCAAAACGAACAUCAUGUUUACAUGUAGCAUGUCGUAGAUGUUUAGAAGAAUAUCAUCAUUCAUGUAAAAAUACAAUGGAUAUUGCUACUUGUCCACAAUGUCGUGCACCAUCCAUACAUUUACCUAAUGGUGAUGCUAGUUCUCUUCCACCAGCUAUUGACAAAGAACAACUUAUAAAGAUUUAUAGACAUGAACAAGAAGUUGAAAAUAAACAUAUUGGUUUAUGUUCCUUAUGUCAAAAUGAUACAGCUAAUCUUUAUGGUCGAUGUUUUCAAUGUCAAGAAAAUUAUUGUCAAAUAUGUUAUGGAUAUCAUGCACAUUUUCAUCCAUCACAUAUGACUCGUACAUUUCAUGAAAUACAUCAUUUACCAAAACCUUCCAUUGAAUUUGAUGAAAGUAUUUCAUUUUUAUGUUCACAACGACAUAAUAAACGUCCAUUAGAAUUUUAUUGCGUUAAAUGUUCGGAAUGUCUUUGUUCGGAAUGUCUUAUUGAUGAAAAUAGUUCCCAUCAUCGACAACAAUAUCAUACAAUAAAACUUUUAUCACAAAUCGCCCAAGAAAAUCGAUAUCAAUUAGAACGUCUUUAUGUAAAUAGAUUAAAAUCUAUACAUCGAGAACUAAAUGAAGCAAUUGAAUAUAUAAGUAAAAUUCUUGAUCGUGAUCAACGAUUAUUUACUAUAUUUGAUCAAUUACAAAAACAAGAAGAAAAAGUUAAUGAACUUGAUAAAUUAAUUCAAACAUUAGUUAAUCAUGCACAUGAUGUACAUGUAGUUCUAUAUGAAAAACAAGCUAGAGAUCAAUUAAAUGAAAUUAUACAUGAAAGACCACCAAGACCAAGACAAGGAUUUUUACUUAAUGGAUUAAGAUUUGAACCUCUGUCUAAUUCGAAAUUACAUAUGAAAAUAGUUUUACCAUUCGAAAUUCUUCCAACAGUAAAUGAACCCAUACCUCAACAUGUUGAACAUGUUUAUCUUGAUUUUUUAUUUAUGAAAAAUAAAAAUUAUUCGAAACCUAUGAUUGGUUAUCAAGUAUCAUAUGAACAAUCUGAUUCAACAUUUUUACGUCUUUUUGGUUCAUUUAUUCCUCAACAAAUGAAACAAUUCACAUGUUCACUUUAUUCAUAUUCGUAUAUAAAUAAACAAUUUGUCAAAGAAGAUACAUCAGAAUUAUUAUUUAAUUUUCCAAAAAAAUUUGAUGAUGAAAUUAAACAAAAAUCUAGACAAGAUGUUAUAACUUAUUCCGAUAAUGAUGAUCAAAUAACAAUAAUUUAUGAUUAUAAAAUUGAUUCUAUAAUAAUAAAACAAUUAAAUCUUGUAUUUGGUUUAUCAAUACAUGAAAAGAAAAAAGAAAAUUUUCUUGGUUAUGAUUUACAAUUAACAUCCAUCCAUAUUCGUUUAUUAGCAAAUAAACAACAAUUACUUAUUUGUGGUUUAAAAUCGAAUAAUAAUAAAUUAAUAUGUUUUAUUUAUGAUUUAAAUACACUUGAUAUUCUCGAUACAUAUUGUUGUUAUAUUGGACAAAAUAUACAACAAAUUCUUGAUGUUAUUAUAUAUAAUGAUGAAACAAUAUUUUUAUGUUUUCAAACAAUUGAUCGAAGAUUAUUUAUAUGGAUUGGAAAAGAAUACAUUGAAGAAAUUGCUUUUAGUGGCAUUGAACUUGGAGAAACUAAAUGUAUUAUUGAUCGAUUAGUUUUAAGUCAACAAAUGGAUAUAUUAGUUGCAUAUAGAAAUAUGGAACAAGAUGAUUCACGAACUUGUUUUGCCAUGAGUAAAUAUUUAAUACCGCAUUGUAACAACUGA